AUGGACGGCAGUGAUCGUGUUGUGAGAAGACGAAAGAGUCUAACUGAACGGCUAGGAUUCACCGGACCCAUUGCAUGUUGUGGGGCCACCUUAUGUCUCAGACCAGCUUCAUUAAGUGUGGUGGAUGACGACAAUGACGACGGCGAAGAAUCGCUACAAGCACCACCGGAGUCGGCGGAAGUGGGCAGUGAAACACCGCCGGAAAUAGAGUCCGCUUUGUUAUGUUUGGCUAAUAUUCCGACAGGUUCAGGGAUGAAUUUGGCGGCGGCCUUAGCGGCGGAGCGUAACUUCAGAUCGGCCCAAGAUUCGGAUGGUGCAACGAAUUCAAGCCCAACUCAAGGCCCAAAUACAAGCCCGUUGAGACCCAAUGACAAUGGGCCGGGUAGUGGACAAGGAACACCGUUUAGGGUGUCAUUGAUGAGAUUGUUAGAGGAAACGAACGGUUGGGAUGAAAAGGAAGAGAUAAAAGAUGGGGUGGGCAAUGAUACGAUAUGCUGCGUGUGCAUGGGAAGGAAAAAAGGAGCAGCAUUCAUACCAUGUGGACACACAUAUUGUAGGGUGUGUUCAAGAGAGCUUUGGUUAAAUCGAGGUUAUUGUCCCCUCUGCAAUAGAUCCAUUCUUGAAAUUCUCGACAUUUACUGA